AUGUCGCAGGAUGCGGAUCUGAAUUUGCCCCUGGUCCGCUCCCUCCACACUCACAUUCCAAUGAGUCUCGUGUUCUGUAACCGCAGUCCCCGAGUAGUACAGCCACUUUGGAUUGAUUUCCGAGGGGAGCCACGGCCGUACAACGAUUUACAACCGAGAACGGGACGUAUAAUGAACACCUACGUCGGCCACCCAUGGAUGUUCAAAGAUGUCGAGAGUGAAGACCUUCUGAGAGUGAAUGGAAAAGAGCUCUUCCUUCCUGCUUUGGCAGAUGGUGGAAGUGCUGCAUUUGUAAAUAUUACACUGCCAAUUUACAGCCUGAAGGAGCGGGCCCUCCAGGUGAUUCGACGCCUCGUCCGGCCUGAGGACUACAGGAGUUUGGAAAUAGCGCGGUGUCUAAUUGAAGAGCUGGAAGACCCGCCCAGUUUGUUGAAAAGUUUACGGCGGCUAAACCAACGCGUGGAGCGCCAUCUGAUCGACAGAAUCCAACGCCAGGGAGAGUUAUGA